AGCUCUACGACGUCACAGGGUUAGCGUCAGAUCUGAUCGAUUGCGGUCUUGGCAGAUUUGCGGAGAAGGCAGCAAAUGUCCGCAUCGGCUGAUCUCUACAUCUUCAAUUGCAUCCACCAUGCCACCAUCACGACUAGCCAGCUCGCUACUCGGGAGUGUCCGAGCAGCCUCAACUCGCGCAGCACCCGCUUCGAGACAACGAUGCCUAUACCAUUCGUAUGAUUACGCCCAACCGCCGCCAUUCCCUCCCGCCGAGUCUGCCAUUCUCUCCUCCGCAUACGCACACGUACCCAGCCAUGGGUUUACUAUGGACGCACUGAAGCUUGGUGCUCGCGACGCCGGGUACCUUGAUGUUUCUACGAAUCUGCUUCCGCGAGGCGUCUUUGAUCUGAUCAAUUACCAUCUUGUCACGCAGCGCUUGGCAAUACAGAACAAUGUACAAUUCCCAGACCAGGGAGAGCAAGGGAAGAAAGUGGGCGUUGGCGCAAAAGUGAGGACCUUGACGUUGGCGCGGUUGCGGGCGAACGAACCCGUCGUACAUCGGUGGCAGGAGGCACUCGCCAUCAUGGCCCAGCCCACGUACGUCCCGGCAUCUAUCGCCGAACUUGCGAGACUCGCAGACGAGAUAUGGUUCCUAUCAGGGGACCAAAGUGUAGACAGCAGCUGGUACACCAAGCGAGCGACACUCUCCGCCAUCUACUCUUCGACCGAGUUAUACAUGACACAGGACAAGUCGGCCAACUUUGUAGAGACGGAGCAGUUUCUAGAUAACAGACUACAAGACUUGAUGAAAGUUGGCGGCUUCAUGGGCGGACUGGGCGAGUGGCUCAACUACACGGGACAUUCAGCCGUCAACGUGCUGAGGAGUAAGGGUGCGCGCAUCUGAGUUUGUUUAUGCAUCGGUGGGCGUUGACUUGUUUCAUGGCAUGUUAAGCCGAGGCCAUGAUGUACUCUGUGUCUCUACUUUUUUCCCGUUACACUAGCGAAGAGGUCACGGCACAUGCGAUC